AUGGCUAAGAGAUUUUUAUCAGAAGCAAUACAGCAGGUGCUUCAAGAGCCAGACAAUGGUGUUUCUAUUGCUUCCAUACUUCAUAAUCCAAGACAAGCAGAGAAGAGGGACUUUUCCAGUCUAGAAAAUGUUCAUCCUUCCUCAGAACAUUUCAACUGUGAAGAAAGAGAUUGUGAUUAAGCCUCAGAGAGAUGGUGAUGGUAAAUCAGGAACAGUGAGAGGGAGGGUGAGCUUUUUGUGAGGGUUAGGAAAGUAGGGGAAAGGGGAAGCUUCUUGUUAGAGGGAGGUGUUGCUGUUUUGUUUGUUUCUGUUUUGUUUUGGCAGGUGUGAUGGAGUCCUGAACGGGUCUAAUCUAGGGCUGGAGUUGCUCAGCGAACAUUUUCACAUCAAAACCCACUUUGCCUCUCUUAAUCUGGGCAGCUCUGGCUGAGGACCAGACCGCAAUAGUGCGGUAUCCAGAAUGGAUGUCCUCUUUGUAGCCAUUCUUGCUGUGCCACUUAUCCUGGGACAAGAAUAUGAGGAUGAAGAAGGACUGGAAGAGGAUGAUUACUAUCAGGUGGUCUAUUAUUACACAGUAACCCCCAAUUAUGAUGACUUUGGUGCGAAUUUCACUGUUGAUUACUCCAUGUUUGAAUCAGAGGACAGACUGAACAGGUUGGAUAAGGAGGUAACGGAAGCACUAGAGACUACCAUUAGUCGUGAAACAGAACGUGCAGACUAUCAGAAGCCUGUAACAGUGAGACCAGUGACAAUGGAACCACAGAGUCCAGAUCUGAAUGAUGCUGUAUCCAGUCUGCAGACUCCUGUUCCCAUCCUCCUGUCCUGGGCCUUCAUUCAGGGUGGGAUGUAUUUCAUGUAGAAGGAGAGAGAAGGCUGCUACAACUCUGUAGAUGGGGAUUUGGGAAGAGGAAAUUGGAAGAUAAAAUAAAUAAGUGAAAUAAUCUGGC